AUAAGAGGGAAAGAAAGCUACAGAUGGAAGUAAGUAAAGAGCAGUCCCAAGAGAGAACAAGUUAACCUUCAUCUGUUCCGAUAUGCCGAAUUCAAGCAGCUCCACAUCUUCCACAAAGAGCGUGCGGAGAGCUGCGUCUGAGCUCGAGCGCUCCGAUUCCAUCACGGUUUACAUAGACUGCAUUGAAGUUCUUAUGCGCUUUUGGAGAUGUAAAACACCUCCAUCUGAUGUCCAGAAGUCGCAGAAGUUUGUGGGAAGGCGGCAGAGUUUGAUCGAGGACGCGCGGAAGGAGCGCGAGGCGGCGGCUGCGGCGGCGGAGGCUGCGGGAUUCAGCGAGCAGAUCGUGUUUGAGGAGAGCGAUGGGAAAGCCUUGCUCAGUCUCUUCUUCUCACUGAAGAGUUCAAAGAGCCCAGCGCUGUCCCGCACUCUCAAGGUUUUUGAGACAUUUGAAGCCAAGAUCCAUCAUCUUGAGACCAGACCCAGCCGAAAACCAAAGGACGGUUUGGAAGAUCUGGAGUAUUACGUUCAGUGCGAGGUGCACCUGUCAGACGUCAGCACACUGGUCAGCUCUCUCAAGAGAAGCGCAGAGGAUGUCAAAACCACUAAAGAGGUCAAAUUUAAUUGGUUUCCCAGAAAAAUUGCUGAACUGGAUAAAUGUCAUCAUCUCGUCACCAAAUUUGAUCCGGAUCUGGAUCAGGAUCAUCCAGGAUUUACUGACCCUGUUUACAGAAAACGACGGAAGAUGAUUGGAGACAUUGCCUUUAAAUACAAACAAGGAGAACCGAUUCCCAGAGUGGAGUAUAUGGAAGAGGAGAUUGAAACAUGGCGUGAGGUCUACUCCACCCUCAGAGAUCUGUACACCACCCAUGCCUGUAGUGAACAUCUAGAGGCUUUCCACUUACUGGAGAAACACUGUGGCUACAGUCCUGAUAACAUCCCUCAGCUGGAGGAUGUGUCCCGCUUCUUAAAAGAGCGCACAGGGUUUCAGCUGCGUCCCGUGGCAGGUCUGCUCUCCGCUCGGGAUUUUCUGGCCAGCCUGGCGUUCCGUGUGUUCCAGUGCACACAAUACAUACGGCACGCUUCCUCCCCCAUGCACUCGCCCGAACCGGAUUGUGUCCAUGAACUUCUCGGACACGUACCGAUAUUGGCUGACAGAACAUUUGCACAGUUUUCUCAGAACAUUGGUCUGGCCUCUCUUGGAGCUUCUGAUGAGGAUAUUGAGAAACUGUCAACACUGUACUGGUUCACGGUGGAGUUCGGACUGUGUAAGCAGGGAGGCACGGUCAAAGCGUACGGAGCAGGACUGCUCUCCUCUUAUGGCGAGCUGGUGCAUUCUCUCUCAGAUGAGCCAGAGCGACGAGAAUUUGACCCGGACAUCGUAGCUGUCCAGCCGUACCAGGAUCAGACUUACCAGCCUGUCUAUUUUGUGUCUGAGAGCUUCUCAGAUGCUACAGAGAAACUGAGAGCGUAUGUGACGCGCAUCAAGAGACCAUUUUCGGUGCGGUUUGACCCGUACACAGACAGCAUAGAAGUGCUGGACAACCCACUGAAGAUCAAGCAGGGGCUGGAGACCAUUAAAGACGAACUGAAGAAUCUCACAGAUGCCCUGAAUGUGCUGGCUUGAUUCUGCCGUGAGGAGCCAAUCAGCAGUCCCCUUCCUCUCUGCUUCAUAUGUGACCGUCUCAUCGAUAUGCUGUGUGUCUAUGUCCACAUCUGCUGCUCCAGACGUUGUUGCUUUUAAAACGCUGAGUACCAACCUGAAAACCUCACAUCGGAAGUUCAUUCUAGAAACCCUAAAAGGAUUGUUCCCCCAAAAUGAAAGUCAUUUAUAUCAUUUAUAUCAUUAUGUAUGUUGUUUCAAACCUAAAAUACUUUCUUUCUUCUGUGAAACAUGAAAGAAGAUAUUUUGAAGAAUGCUGGUAAACAGUUUUGAUUCCCAUUGUAAGUCAUAGAAUGGAAGUCAAUGGUUACCAGAACUGCUUGGUUACCUGUAUUCUUCUAAAUAUCUUCUUUCAUGUUACACAGAUGAAAGAAAGUCUUUGGUAAAAAAAUAUUAAAUGUUGGAAACCAAACA